UUUGAAAGAUCUCUACAUGUCUUUCCAUCGUUGGCGAAUCGAUUGGAAUUAGAGACCGAGCUAGAGGGACACCGUGGUUGUGUUAACUGUCUCGAAUGGAAUGAUGACGGAUCGUUAUUAGCUUCCGGAUCUGAUGAUCUUAAAUUUAUCUUAUGGGACCCGUUACGCCACAAACAAGUUUGGUCAUUAAACAGUGGACACGUUGGCAAUAUAUUUUCUGUUAAGUUUGUACCUAAUUCAAGAAAUAGUCUAGUAUUAUCUGGUGCUGCCGACAACAAAAUAAAGCUGCAUUCAGUCAAAUAUAGUAGCACUCAACAAACUUUUCGUUGCCAUACAAAUCGAGUGAAACGCUUGGCCAAUACUGCUAGCAUGCCCUACUUAUUUUGGAGUGCCAGCGAGGAUGGAACAGUCAGACAAUUCGAUUUACGCGAAAAUCACACUUGUCAGGAUGGUCAAUCAUGUAGCAACGUAUUAAUCAAUGUUGCUAAUCGCGCUAUUAGAGAUUACCCUUCCGAAGUUAAAUGCUUGGAUGUAAAUAGUAUGCGACCUGAACUUUUAGCAGUAGGUUGCAAUGACCAGUACGUAAGGCUAUACGAUACACGCAUGUUGAAGGUAGGCCCAAAGUCUACUUCAGAGACCGUAAAAGGCUACAUCCGCAGCUUUACAGCUGGUCACUUGAAUAAACAAGGGAGUGGUAUCCGAUAUAAUAUUGUGCAAAGGCCAGUAACGGUCACAUAUACCACAUUUAGUCCUAAUGGUCAAGAAUUACUUGCUAAUCUAGGUGGUGAGCAAGUAUAUCUUUUCGAUGUAUUUCAAGAAGUUCGGCCUCUAAAAUUUACUGUCGACGAUUUUCAAAUGUCUACUUCCAAUAGUUGUCAUUUUAUCAGCCAGCUAACAAAUCAUGAAUCCUCUAAUAUUAAUAUGGAUAAGCUAUCUUUUACCGAUCUUAAACACAAGAAAGUAAAACUUAAUCAUUCUUCAGUAUUACCUGCUCGUGCUGAAUCGCUGAAAAUACGAGGAAAUGACGCAUACAACUGUAAAAUGUUCAACUUAGCAAUACAAUACUAUAAUUUAGCAUUAUCACUUGGCGUAGAUAAUCCUCUAUUGUAUUCUAAUCGUGCAGCAGCGUACCUUUGUAGAGGGUGGGAUGGUGAUGUAUAUGCGGCGUUAAGGGAUUGCCAGAUGUCAUUAUCGCUAGAUCCAAACCAUUUCAAGUCAUGGACUCGCUUAAGCCGAUGUCUUAAUAAUCUUCGAUAUUAUAAGGAGUCAUUAGCUUGCCUAGAUUAUAUAAAGUCUUGCUUCCCUCGCUUUGCUAAUGAAGAUCCCGUAAAGAGUUUAGAAUCUGAGAUUAAAAAUGGAAUGGCCAAUGCCGGUAAGGGUAUUUCUUUUAACGCUAAACAUCAACGCGAAAGAAGUCGUAACCAAUCGGAAGACAAUCAGUCAAGACAUUCUGUAGCAUGUUCUGAUUUUAAAAUGCGCUAUUGCGGCCAUUGCAAUACAACAACUGAUAUUAAGGAGGCAAAUUUUUUCGGAGCAAAUUCUCAAUUUAUUAUGGCUGGAAGCGAUGACGGAUCAUUUUUCAUCUGGGAUAGGGAGACUGCAAACCUUUUGCAUGUUUUACGUGGUGAUGAAUCAAUUGUUAACUGUUUACAGCCACAUCCCAGUGUUUGUGUCUUAGCAACAAGUGGUAUUGAUCAUGUAAUUAGAUUAUGGAGUCCUCGAUUGCCCCCUACUGAUCAGGAGUCUAGGCAUUGUCAAGAUAUUGAUUCUAUCAGUUCCACAAAUCAGCGAAGAAUGAAUGCUGAUCCUCUUGAUAUAAUGUUAUUAAAUGUAAUAUAUCGUAGAGGCAAUUUUAGUAAUAAUAAUGAUGAUAAUAAUAAUGAUAAUGAUGAUAAUACUGAUGAUAAUGAUAAUGAUAAUAGUAACAGUAAUAACAGAAGUGAACAUCCUAUCCAUUGUCGCACUAGUUAA